AUGGCCUUCGGCAUGGGCGGUUCAGCUGCGCGAGUACCGAUGGUUUUUUCUCGUCACCGUCGUUCCGUGGCUGCUGAAAAAAACGACUCGGUGAGGCAAGCUCCCGAGGAACAGGGAUUCCAGGGAUCCACCCGAGCCAGCCCCUUCGCCGGUGGUUGCCCAGUGACGCGGCUGCUGGUGGAUUGCCAGUCCGAGUCGGCCCGAACUAGGAAACGCCGGGAGUCGAUUGGGGACGAUGGUGGAGCAAUUGGGCAUUAUGAUUGGUAG